CAUGCAUCUUUGAUCGUUCUUUCUCUCUCUCUCCCUCUCUAACAAUAGCUAGUCCUAGGAGCAAUUAACCACCAAAACCUCGCUUUCUCUCUCUACAACAAGGAGGCCUGGAGGUUAUAAGGGAGAGGAGGGAGAGUUGGCAAGGCAUCUAUCCAUCAUCCCAGAGAGAUAGAGAGAGACAGGUAGAGAGAGAGAAAGAAAACUGAAGCCGGCCAGGUUUCGCCAUACUACUAGUACUCCUACAUUCCUCUCUCUGGCUAGCUAGCUAGCUAGCUUCUCUCUCUAGCCUAGCUUGCCUUGAUGGUGUAUUAAUAUACCAAAGGAAACUUCCAUCCUUUCCAUUGAUUGCAUUCCAUUGCAGCCGUAGUGCAGUGGAUCCAUCCAUUCAUGCAAAACCAAAACGCCCUCCCCACUCCUCUUCUCCUCCUCCGAUCCUCUCCCAAUCCCAAUAAAAAGGCAAGCAGGCAGCCUCUAGCUAGCUAGCUACACCCCACCCACAAAAUUAAACACAGGUCUGCCAUGCAUACACCGGCCGAGGCGGUGGAGGCGCCCGACACGACGGAGAUCGCCAAGCCGCCGCUCGUCGUCAUGCCCACGUCCUCCACAGAGCACUCCGCCGGCGAGCUCGACAGGCACCAGCAGCCGCCCCUCACGGCCGCCGUCAAGCGCAAGCGCACCAAGAGGCCGCGCCACCACCCGCCGGCGUCGUCCGCGUCCUCCUCCGAGAGCACCACCACUGAGGAGGAGGACAUGGCGCACUGCCUCAUCCUCCUCGCCCAGGGCGCCGCUGGCGGCUCAUCAGGGGCCGGCGCCGUUGGCGGCUCAGGGUCCCACGCCGCCGUCGACUCCAAGCCAUCGCCAUCGCCGCCCUCGCCGGCGGCCCAACAGCAGGCGCAGCCGCCGCCCCCUGCCGCCGCGCCGCCGCCGCCGGUGAAGAGCGAGAGGUACACCAGCCGCAAGUACACGGAGGCCGCGACCACGGUGGACGGCGUCAAGGCCGGCUUCUACGUGUACGAGUGCAAGACGUGCAGCAAGUGCUUCCCCACCUUCCAGGCGCUCGGCGGCCACCGCGCGAGCCACAAGAAGCCGCGCCUCGCCGGCACCGACGAUGAGAUCGCCAUCAACGUCGUCACCGCCAGCAGCACCAUAAUAAAGCAGCUGAAGCCACCACCGAUGACCACCGCGCCGCCUCCGGUAUCUGCCCUUCAGCAGCGGCCUCAGAAUCAGAUGGACGUCGCCGUCUUCCCGGACGUCACCACCGCGCUGAGCCUCAACAGCGUCGCCAUAAGCAGCAGCAAGCUGCGGGUGCACGAGUGCUCGAUAUGCGGCGCCGAGUUCGCGUCGGGGCAGGCGCUGGGCGGCCACAUGCGUCGCCACCGGCCGCUGAACGCGCCGGAGCGCGCGGUGACCGCGAUCGCCGGCGCGGACACCAAGAAAGAGGGGAGCGCGGGCAUCAACCUGGAGCUGGACCUGAACCUGCCGGCGCCGUCGUCCGACGAGGAGGCGGCCGUGUCGCUUCCGGCGGCGGCGGCACCGCCACCGGCCGUGGUGCUCGGCCUCGGGCAGUUGAGCGACGGCAAGAGGGCUGGGUUGAUGCUGACAGCCUCAGCACUGGUGGAUUGCCAUUAUUGACAUGAGCGGCGGCCCUGGGUGGCCUUGCCUCGACUCAUGAAUUCUUUUCUUAAUUAACAGUACACUGAUUAUAAUUGAUCUCUUUUUUUUCUUCUUCUUCGUUCUGGGGCCGGGGAUGAAUUAAUUCUACCAUGCAUCCUCCGAUCCUCGAUCAAUUAUACUUACAAUUUAUUCUUAUUGGUAUAUAUAUGUAUAUCAAGGAUCGAUGAAGCUAGCUGUAACAUACUUAUAUAUUUAUACAAUUGAUUAUUCUUUCAAUU